CUUUUUUUCACAUCAUCAUGACGUCUACGAAAGAGGAAAAGAAGUUUCAUGACAAGGGUGUCGGUCAUUGUCAUUCUUUUGGACCUUCUUUUACCAAAAACAACAAGAAGAAGAACUUGGUAAGUCAAAAAAGGGAGAAGUUACUCAUUAGAGGAGCCGAGUGAGAUUUUCUAUUCUUUUGCCAUACGGAGUACUUUUUUCCAUUCCGCUUGGUUCGAACUCCUUCCCCUCCCCAAAAGGUUGUGUUUUGUUUUGUCGGUGGACAAAAACUUGAGACGACGACGAACGACGGUGUACACCUAUCGAUAUGGGUGAGUCGACCUCGCCGUCGUCUUACAAGUCGACCCUGACGUCCCUCCUCCCGCCCUCGAGAGCCCACGUCCCCUUGUCCCUACCCGUUUCUCCCGCGAAACCACACAUCCCUGCCGACUCCAUCUCGUCCCUGCGACUUCAUCCGGUCCUCGAAGCCGGUCUACACUUAUUGAACCGCGAUUUGCCUUCUGCACAUUUCCUCCUCAGGCACAUGCAGGCCAAGCCGGCUUGGGAGGCCAUGUACCUACACGGCAUCCUCCAUCGAAUCGAAGGGGACAUUGAAAAUGCCAGGGCUUGGUACGAGGACGUCAAGGAUGAAGAAGUGUUUGAGUUUGUUUGGAGACGACGAACGACCGAGGACGAGGAUGAACUUGGAGAUGUCGACGAUGAGGACGAAACGUCGAAUGAUUACUCAACUUCGCCUUACGAAAGCUCUCGAACCUUUCUGAGUCAGGUCGAAUCAUACAAGAAUUCCAUUCUUUCCUCCUCUGUUAGCACUACAAACACCACCACCACCAACAAUGUCGACAAUAUUGACAGUAUCAAGGAUAUCAUUACACAAAAAUCCCUCGGAGAAUUUCAACGUUUCAUGACCUUUUGUGAAGGCAAAUUCGGCACUUCCCCCGUCUCGGACGCAUCUUCCAUCUGGGUUUCCAUGUCGGACAAAAACAAAGAACAAGCGGCGAAUAUGAUCACUGGUGGUGAAGGUUGGAGGGAGUUUUGAUUGAAAGAAUGACAAGGGACACCCUCUUUUUCUAGCUACCUCUCCUUAUAGUCCGGCGGUGUACUGGCAACUAUCUCUCCGGGACGUCUAUCCUCACGCAUGAAUGCAACGCCGUGUGACCGUUCCGUGUGCGCGAGGAGAACCAAGGCCAGAGAAAUGGUGAGCCUGCAAUCUCAUGAUCCUUCCUUUGAUGCUAAAUACGUGUUGAUUCCGCUGUCUUGAG